AUAUAAACAGCUUUCUUGUCUUGAAGAUAUUAUUGUGUAGGGACCUGGUAACAACUGAUUGUGCAGAAAAACAAAUAGGUGGAAAAUAUAAACUGCACUAGCAACAUUUUGCUCUAUUUUUCCUGUAGAAAUAAAACUGAUCAAGACUAACCUGAAAGCUUAAACAAAGGCACAAAGUAGGCAAACCCUUCAGAGAAUUUUUUUUUUGCCAUCUUACACUUUGAGAAACACCCAAGACUUGCAAAAUGAUGUGCCCAUGGAAGCUAUUCACAAAAUCAGGAAACUUUAAAGUAAAACCUUUUGAUGAUACAAUGGAUAUUAAUAACAACUUGACAAAGGAUCCAGAGAACCUGCACAGCGUUUUCAAACACAUUGAAGGUUUUAAGAUCAAUGGAGAGAAAGAAAAUGUGAUUAACACAAAUGCUACAUCUGUGAAGGGUACUUCUGAAAAGGUCAAGAAUUCCUGUAAAGUUUCAUCUUGUCCAAGAUACAUGCAACUGAAGAACUACGAAAAUGGCAUGACCUUACAAGACACAUUACACCUCAAAUCAGAAAAGAGUGUUAGCUGCAAAUCAAAAAAUUGUCAGGGAUCAAUUAUGAAUCCAAAGAACUUAAUAAAGGGUCCAAGGGACCAGCCAAUAUCCAUGGAUGAACUUUUACCACAAGCAAUUGAAUUCAUUAACCAAUACUACAAUUCAUUCAAAGAGCCACAAAUAGAUAACCACCUUAAAAGAGUUGAAGCGGUUACCAAAGAGAUUGAAUUAACUGGCACUUACCAGCUAACUCUAGAAGAGCUUAUAUUUGCAUCAAAGCAGGCAUGGAGAAAUGCUCCCAGAUGUAUAGGAAGAAUACAGUGGUCAAAUUUACAGGUGUUUGAUGGCCGAAACUGCAAGACAGCAAAAGAAAUGUUUGACUUCAUUUGUCGUCACAUAAAGUAUUCAUCAAAUGGCGGAAACAUUAGAUCUGCUAUAACCAUAUUUCCUCAGCGGACUGAUGGGAAACAUGAUUUCAGAGUAUGGAACAGUCAGCUAGUUCGUUACGCAGGCUUUGAAAUGCAAGAUGGAUCAAUUCGUGGAGAUCCAGCUAGUGUAGAAUUUACAGAGUUGUGCAUUCAGCUCGGAUGGAAGCCAAAAUAUGGACGGUUUGAGAUUCUUCCCAUAGUGCUCCAGGCAAAUGGGCAGGAUCCGGAGGUGUUUGAAAUUCCCUCGGAACUCAUUCCUGAAGUUCCACUAGAACAUCCUACGUAUGAAUGGUUUAAGGAAAUGAAUCUAAGAUGGUACACGCUGCCUGCAGUUGCCAACAUGCUUCUCGAAGCUGGAGGAAUUGAGUUUACAGCAUGUCCUUUCAAUGGCUGGUACAUGGGUACUGAAAUAGGCGUCAGGGAUUUUUGUGAUGUUCAACGCUACAAUGUUCUUGAGGAAGUAGGAAAACGAUUGGGCUUAGAAACACAUAAACUUGCUUCACUAUGGAAAGACAAAGCUGUUAUUGAAAUUAAUGUAGCUGUUCUUUACAGUUUUCAGAAACACAAUGUAACCAUUAUGGACCACCACUCUGCAGCAGAAUCAUUUAUGAAACAUAUGCAGAAUGAGUAUAAGCUAAGGGGAGGUUGUCCAGCUGACUGGGUUUGGAUUGUUCCUCCGAUAUCAGGAAGCAUCACUCCAGUGUUUCAUCAGGAAAUGCUUAAUUACAUACUUAGCCCAUUCUACUAUUAUCAGGUGGAUGCCUGGAAAACCCAUGUGUGGAAAGAUGAAAGUCGUAAACCAAUGAAGAAGAAGUUCAAGUUUAGCGUUAUAUCAAAGGCUGUCCUUUUUGCAUCAGCACUUAUGGCUAAAUCAGUAGCUGCCAGAACCAAAGCAACUAUUCUUUAUGCUACUGAAACAGGAAAAUCUGAAACAUUAGCAAAAAAACUGCACACCGUGUUCAACUAUGCAUUCAACACUAAGAUUUGCUGUAUGGCUGAUUAUGACAUCAGCCAGUUGGAUAAAGAAACCCUUCUACUGGUGGUGACAAGUACAUUUGGAAAUGGAGACUGUCCUGGCAAUGGGGAGAAAUUCAAGAAAUCUCUAUUUGCUUUGAAACAACUAAAGAAAAAACUAAGGUAUGCUGUUUUUGGCCUUGGGUCAAGCAUGUAUCCUCAGUUCUGUGCAUUUGCCCACAAUGUUGACCAAAAGUUGGCUCAGCUUGGUGGGUCACAGAUAAGCCUGACAGGUGAAGGGGAUGAACUUAAUGGUCAAGAAGAAUCUUUUCUAACCUGGGCAGUGCAUACAUUCAAGGCUGCAUGUGAAGUAUUCAAGAUUCGAGACAGGCAGAAAAUUAUGCUGCCAAAACACUACUCUUCAUCGGAAACCUGGCAUCCUGAGAACUACCGCUUAGUGAAUGAAACACUGCCAUUUGACCUUAUUAAAGCACUUUCAAAAAUGCACUCCAAGUAUAUCCUUCCAAUGAAACUAAAAUUUAGGCAGAAUCUUCAGAGCCAAAAGUCUAGUCGUGCCACUCUUCUGCUCCAGCUUUCCGCCGAGGAUAGACAGGAAGUACAGUAUCUUCCAGGGGAACAUGUUGGUUUGUUUCCUGCCAACCAAUCAGAGUUAGUUAUGGGCAUAAUUGGACAUUUAAAGGAUGCUCCCCCUAGUGAUCAGGACUUCCGACUGGAGACACGCAGUGAACAGGGUAACUUCUGGGCAAUAAAUGAAAAAAUCCCAGCCUGUUCCCUAUUUCAGGCAUUGACAUACUUCCUAGACAUAACUUCUCCGCCCACACAGCUGCUACUGAAAAAACUGUCUCUACUGGCUACUGAUGACCGAGACAAAACUAGACUGGAAACUUUGUGCAAAAGUGCUGAUGAAUACAAUGAAUGGAAAUUUUACAAAUAUCCUACAUUCUUUGAGGUUCUGGAAGAGUUUCCAUCCCUCCAAGUGCCUACUACUUUUUUGCUGACUCAACUGCCCACUCUAAAACCAAGAUACUAUUCCAUUAGCUCCUCAGUGGACAUGGUACCUGGGGAAAUUCAUCUGACAGUUGCUGUUGUAAACUACAAUACAAAAGAGGGCAAGGGCCCAUUGCAUCAUGGGGUGUGUAGUACAUGGCUGAAUUCCAUGAAGCUCAAUGAUACAGUACCCUGUUUUAUACGAAGCACAAACACAUUCCAUCUCCCGGAGAAUCCGGCUGCCCCAUGUCUGCUGAUUGGACCAGGAACUGGAAUUUCUCCAUACAGAGGAUUUUGGCAACAGAGACUCUAUGAUCAGCAAAAGAAAGGAACAAAGGCUUCUUCUAUGAUAUUACUGUCUGGUUGCCAACAGUCCGAGCUGGAUGAUAUCUACAAAGAAGAGACGGCAGACAUGAAGAGCAAAGGAGUGCUGAAAGAAGUGUACAUGGCUUAUUCUAGGGAACCAGGCAAAGCCAAGAUCUAUGUUCAAGACCUCUUGAAAAGCAAACUUGAGAAUGAAGUGUGCAGGAUUUUGCUUGAAGAGGAGGGCCACCUGUAUGUAUGUGGAGGCAUCCAAAUGGCAAGAGAUGUGGCAAGCGCUCUAAAAUAUAUUAUUGCAAAGAAGAUGAGGCUAAAUGAAGAGGAAACUGAAAAUUAUUUCUCUCAGCUAAAGAAUCAAAUGCGGUAUCAUGAAGAUAUAUUUGGAGCUGCCCAUAAACCUCUAAAUGCUAAGAAUGGAAUUAAGAAGGCAAUACUUUGAAUACUUAUGCACAUUUUAAAAAGGACCAACUUUAAUCUGCUGAUCAGAGUUUAUUAAAAAAAAAACAAGAUGAACCAUUAGAUGAAAUAUGACUUAAUACUUCAGAACUCAUGUAAUGUAUUGUAAUGUCCAAAUGUGUGUGUAUGUGUAUAUUUAUAUAUUUAAGGAUGUUAUUGAUUGUUUCUUCUUUCUUUUAUUGUUAUGAUUACAUAGCAUCAUAAAUUAAUUAAAUAAUUAGUUAAAUUAUGUCAUUAUAUAAAUUAAUAAAAAAAAUGUUAAACACAAAGCUAUAUGAAUUCAAUAUAUAUAUAUAAAUAUAUAUAUAUAUAUAUAUAUGUAUAUAUAUAUAUAUAUAUAUAUAUAUAUACACUGUGUAUAUAUAUAAAUAUCUUCAUUAUUUAAAGGUGGUUAAUUGAAUGCUAGUUGUGAUUAAAAGAGCUGCAAACAUGUCCAGUAAUAUUGUAUUUGUUUACCAAUUCUCAACUGAUAAUCAUAUUUAUACACAUUUUAUUUAAGUAUAUUAACUGGAUUAAAUAUAUUUCACAAUAACAUC